UGUAAGUUCACUUGCUUUGGACUACUCGAGUGACUCGAUACAUCAUGCUGGCAACCUCUUCUUUUCUGGUUGGCCUCGCAGUCAGCUUCGCUGCUGCAUUGCCUGGACAUCCUGAUGUCAAUGCAUACACUUCCUGUAUCGCAGCUGCCGUGAAUGGCAAUUCGAGCCUCUAUGCGUUUCCGACUACUGCCAACUACCAGACCGAUCUUAAUGUGUACAACUUGGAUCACAUCUACUUUCCCUCAGCCAUAGCUUUUCCUACCUGCGUUGACGAGGUCUCAGCGCUGGUGCAAUGCGCUCACAAGGCAGGCGUAGCUGUGCAGUCGCUGAGUGGAGGUCACAGCUAUCUCAACUUUGGUCUGGGUGGAGCAAAUGGCUCUUUGUCAAUCCGUCUCGAACACCUGAAUGACUUCGCGUACGAUGACCAGACAAAGUUCGCAAGCUUUGGAUCCGGUAACCUCCUGGGUGCUGUCCGAAUGGGGGUUACCGUACCCGUACCCCUGGGAAUCUUCAGUUCAAUUCCAUCUGUAGGCACUGGUGGUCAUCUCACGAUUGGUGGUCUGGGACCAGGAUCACGACUACACGGACUUGCUUCUGAUCAGAUCGUGCAAGUAGAAGUUGUGAUAGCAAAUGGUGCUGUUGUUAUUGCCAACCAACGACAACAUCCGGAUCUCUUCUUCGCCAUCCGAGGCGCAGCCUGGUCGUUCGGGAUUGUCACGCGCUUCUGGAUCCAGACGCACGAUGUCGUUCAGCAAAUCGAUUACUCCUACUUGAUCCCAGGCAAUUUCAGCACCUCGGCACGUUUUCUCUCUGCCUGGCAAGCAAUCAUCUCACAAAAGAACCUAUCCCACUCCUUCGGCUCAACUGUCUACGUCUACGAAGGCUUCUCUCUGAUCAACGGCAACUUCAUGGGCACGCAAGCAGAAUUCUCAAAAGUCGGACUGAGCGCAUUGACCUCUCAGGCUAUCCCAACCUCAGCCCUUCUCGGUGUCUUGGACAAGCUCAACCUCACGGCCACGAUCGCUCUAGUGUCAGACUUCAAAUCAACCGGCUUCCUCUCCCUGCUUCCAUCACUCCCCUCCUCCAUCGUCCUCGAACUCAUAUCCGGAAUCCAAAAACUCGCCCCAGCGCUCAAAUCCGGCAACACCCAAGCAAUCCUGCAAGGCAUUCAAGCCUCCAACAGCACGACGCUCAAAGCCCUCGGCUCCACUCUAAACGCCACCCAACUCCCAACCAUCCUCUCCCACCUCGCAACCUCCGGCCUCAUCGACAUCCUCACCAACACAACCGACCUCCAAAUCGCCGGAGCGGUCCUGUCCAAUCUCAACCUCACCUCCAUCCUCUCCCUCGUAACCGAAGCCGCCUCCUCACCCCUCAUAACCGCUCUCCCCUCCGGCACCAAAUUCUCCACCCUAUUCUCAGCCCUCUUCAGCUCCCACACCCCCGGCCACUUCUACGGAAAAUCUCUCAAAUACACCAACAGCACUCUCAUGUCUCCCGCCACCAUCGCUUCCGUCUACUCCUACCUCAACUCAACGGACAAGGGCACACCGCUCUGGUUCGUGCUCUUCGAUCUCGCCGGCGGCGCAAUCAAUGAGUUUUCCACAGACUCCUCCGCAUACUGGCAUCGUGACGCUUUGGUGUGGCUACAGUCCUACGCAGUAAAUCUCUCGGGACCCGUGAGCAAAGCAAGCAGAGAUUUCUUGACGAAUUUGAAUGCGCUUGUCAUGAACAGUACCAAGGCGAUCGAUGAGAGUACGUAUCCCGGGUAUGUGGAUGAUGGGUUACAAAAUCCGCAGAAAGCGUAUUGGGGUGGGAAUUUGGGGUAUUUGGAGAGGGUCAAGGGGGUUUGGGAUCCGACGAAUGUUUUUAGGAAUCCGCAGAGUGUGGUUGGGGUUCGGAAUAAGUGAGGGGAGGAGGGAUGGGGAAGGGAAGGGAAGGGUAAUGAUUGAUGAGUUGCGACAUAUCUAUGCACAGGAUAUGAGAAAGAGUAUAUACAUGUAGGACAGAUAAGAUAUACGGACCUAGUAAAGUGGGUCAGACUUUGCAUACCUGCUAAUAAUAAUAACUUAUUAUGUUGGCGAACGAGAAGUUCAACUCG